CAGCACACGUUGUUGUUGUUGCCUCACGCUGACCUAACUCAAGACGCUUCUUGGCCGCCACUUCGCUUUUUCUACUCCACCAUGGCGGACGAGGAAUUUGAUGGCGAUGAUGUUGGUGAUGACUUUGAGGAGGUGGAGGAGGAUGAGAACCUAGAUGAUCUGCAGGAAGGAGAGGAUGAUGAGAACCAAGUGGAGUUGCUAACAGCAGGUGAAGGUCAAGCCGUGCCCACACAGAAGCGCAUCACAACCCCUUACAUGACAAAAUAUGAGAGGGCACGGGUGUUAGGGACGAGGGCGUUACAGAUAGCAAUGUGCGCCCCCGUCAUGGUGGAGAUAGACGCAGAGUCAGACCCACUCCAGAUUGCUGCCAAGGAACUGAGGGAACGCAAGAUUCCCAUCAUCAUCCGACGUUAUCUACCCGAUGGAUCCUUCGAAGACUGGGGCAUUGAUGAGCUGAUUAUUAGUGAUUUUUAGUUCUCUCUCUCUCUCUCUCUCUCUCUCUCUCUCUCUCUCUCUCUCUCUCUCUCUCUCUCUCUCUCCCCUCCAGGUGGUACUGUUAUGGCUACCGUACAAUCAUUUCAUCAUCCUGUUCUCACAUUUCUCCAGUACUUUAUUUAUUCUUCUUAAUUACUCUGAUAACUUUGGGGUUCAUAUAACAGUGAAAAUUUUACACUGAAAACUUUCACCUCCAUUCAUAGAGUUCUGUUAAGCCUUUAGAAUGUUUUAUGAAAUUCAACAAAGGAACUCAACAUAUUCAUCUUUUUCAUCCUCAUUAGAACUUAUGUACAAAUUGACUUACAAAUAAAGUAUUUGUAUGAUUU